GGAAUUUAUUUUUGUGAGGUAAGGAUCCGUCUUUGCUGGGAGGCCUCUGAAACUAUUUCUUCUCUUCAUGAAUUUCUGAGCUGCCAAGGCUAAGGCCAUUAUAAUGUUCCCUUAACAGGGUACUCAGGUAUAACACCAGAUGUGAUCUUCAAGUUGGAACAUGGAGAGGACCCGUGGAUCAUAGAGAGUGAGUUGUCAAGGUCCAACUCAGACAGGGAGAAAAGCCUUGAUGCUUCCCAGCAGAUCAUUUCUGGAGAACUUUCAUUUCAAAAGGAGAUAUUGGAAAGAGCCCCAAAGGAUAAUUCACUGUACUCUAUCUUAAAAGUCUGGCAUAUUGAUGGUCAGAUAGAUAGAUAUCAAGGAAAACAAGACAGAGUUUUGAGGCAGGUCACAGUAAUCAGCCAUGAAACACUGACCAAAAAGAGAAUCCCCAAAUAUAAUACGUUUGGAAAAAUAUUCAGUGGGUGCAUAGACUUUGAUCCUUCAAGUAAAAAACUCCAUAGUCUUCAUUCAUGUGAAAAGAGAUUGAAAUAUAAUUUAGACUCACUGACUUGUAAUAGGAGCUAUGCAAGAAAGAACCCCAUUGAGAGAUUAGGAUGUGGGAGACCACCUAGCUAUAGUGCUUCCUGUUCUGUGCCUGAGAAAAUUCACACUGGAAUGAAAUCCUGUGGACAUAGUCCGUGUGAAAAAGUUCUCAAUCAUGAGCAAACCCAUAUUCAAAACAAGAAAGUUCAAGCUGGGGAGAAACCCAAUGUUUGUAGUGUGUGUGGGAAGGGCUUUAUUAAGAAGUCACAGCUCAUUAUACAUCAAAGAAUUCAUACUGGAGAGAAACCGUAUGUAUGUGGAGAUUGUGGAAAAGCCUUCAGUGAGAAAUCACACCUCAUUGUGCAUCAGAGGAUUCAUACUGGGGAGAAGCCUUAUGAAUGUACUGUGUGUGGGAGGACCUUCUCCCAGAAGUCGCCCUUCCUCGUUCAUCAGAGAGUCCACACUGGAGAGAAACCCUAUGAAUGUUUUGAGUGUCAAAAAGCCUUCUCCCAGAAGUCACAUCUUAUUAUACAUCAGCGAGUUCACACCAGAAAGAAGCCCUUUGAAUGCAGUGAAUGUGGGAAAGCCUUCUGUGAGAAGUCUCACCUUUUUAUACAUCAGAUAACUCAUACUGGGGAGAAACCCUAUGAAUGUACUGAAUGUGGGAAGACUUUCCCUCGGAAAACACAGCUCAUCAUCCAUCAGAGAACGCAUACUGGAGAGAAACCCUAUAAGUGUAGUGAAUGUGGGAAAACCUUUUGCCAGCAGUCCCACCUCAUAGGACAUCAAAGAAUUCAUACAGGAGAGAAACCUUAUGUAUGUACCGACUGUGGGAAGGCCUUUUCCCAGAAGUCACACCUCACUGGACAUCAAAGGCUUCAUACUGGAGAGAAACCUUAUAUAUGUACAGAAUGUGGAAAAGCCUUCUCUCAGAAAUCACCUCUUAUUAUACACCAGAGAAUUCAUACAGGGGAGAAACCCUAUGAGUGUAGUGAAUGUGGCAAAACCUUCUCCCAGAAAUCACCCCUCAUUAUUCAUCAGAGAAUUCAUACAGGGGAGAAACCCUAUGAGUGUACUGAGUGUGGGAGGGCCUUUUCCCUGAAGUCACAUCUCAUUAUACAUCAGAGAGCUCAUACUGGAGAGAAACCAUAUGAAUGUAGUGAAUGUGGAAAGGCCUUCUGUGAGAAGUCUCCACUAGCUGUCCAUCAGAGAACCCAUACUAGGGAGAAACCCCCUGAAUGUGCUGAGUAUGGGAUGAACAUUUCCCAGAAAUCACAAAUGAUCACAUAUCAGAAAACACACAUGGGGGAGAAACCCUCCAAAUGCAGUGACUGUGGGAGGGUCUUCUGCCAGCAUAUACACCUCACUGGACAUCAGAAUCUACCCAAGGGAGAGAAACCCUAUGAAUGUACAGAAUGCAGAAAAGCCUUCAACAAGAAGGCAUACCUCAGUGUACAUCAGAGAAUGCACACAGGAGACAAACCCUUUGAAUGUCAUGAAUGUGGCAAAUCCUUCAGAGAGAAAUCAACACUGCAUAUCCAUCAAAGAACUCACACAGGAGAGAAGCCAUAUGUGUGUUCAGACUGUGGAAGAGCCUUCACCCUUAAGCCGAGUCUCAGUGCUCAUCAAAGAAUUCAUACAGGAGAAAAAACUGAUGGAUGUACUGUGUGUGGAAAAGUCUUCUCCCAGAAGUUGUAUCUCAUGUUACAUCAGAGAGCUCAUACAGGAGAAAAAUUUGAGAAAUCCUAUGAAUGCAAUGAAUGUGAUAAAGCUUUCUUCCAGAAAUCAUAUCUCAUUAUUCAUCAGAGAGUUCACACAGGGGAGAAACCCUAUGAGUGUAAUGUAUGUGAGAAGGCUUUCUCCCAGAAAUCAUAUCUCAUUAUACAUCAAAGAACUCAUACACGAGAGAAACCCUAUAAAUGUGAUAAGUGUAGUAGAGCCUUCAGAGAGGUCAAAACUCACUUGCUUCAUAGAAAAGUCAAAGAAAAAGAAAAAGGUGAAGUGUGUAGUGAGUGUGGAAAGGCCCUCAGGCGAAAGAAAGGUCUUAGUCUGCAUCAGAGAAUUAAAAAUGGAGAGAAACCCUUUGAAUGUACUGUGUGUAGGAAAACGUUCAGCAAGAAGUCACACCUCAUUGUACACUGGAGAACUCAUACGGGAGAGAAACCCUUUGGAUGUACUGAAUGUGGAAAAGCCUUUAGCCAAAAAUCUCAACUCAUUAUACACCUGAGAACUCAUACAGGAGAGCGACCUUUUGAGUGUCCAGAAUGUGGAAAAGCCUUUAGAGAAAAGUCAACUGUCAUCAUUCAUUACAGGACUCACACAGGAGAGAAACCUUAUGAAUGUAAUGAAUGUGGAAAAGCCUUCACUCAGAAGUCAAACCUCAUUGUCCAUCAGAAAACCCACACAGGAGAGAAGACUUAUGAAUGCACUAAAUGUGGGGAAUCCUUCAUACAGAAGCUUGAUCUAAUUAUACAUCAUAGUACUCAUACAGGGAAGAAACCCCAUGAAUGUAAUGAGUGUAAGAAAACUUUCAGUGAUAAGUCAACUCUCAUUAUACAUCAAAGAACUCAUACGGGAGAGAAACCUCAUAAAUGUACUGAAUGUGGGAAGUCUUUCAAUGAGAAGUCAACCCUCAUCGUGCAUCAGAGAACUCAUACAGGAGAGAAACCCUAUGAAUGUGAUGUGUGUGGAAAAACUUUCACCCAAAAGUCAAACCUUGGUGUACAUCAGAGAACUCAUUCAGGAGAGAAACCUUUUGAAUGUAAUGAAUGUGAGAAAGCAUUCUCUCAGAAAUCCUAUCUCAUGCUACACCAGAGAGGUCAUACAGGAGAGAAGCCCUAUGAGUGCAAUGAAUGUGAAAAAGCAUUUUCCCAGAAGUCAUAUCUCAUUAUACAUCAAAGAACUCAUACAGAAGAAAAACCAUAUAAAUGUAAUGAAUGUGGCAAAGCCUUCAGAGAAAAGUCAAAGCUCAUUAUACAUCAGAGAAUUCAUACAGGAGAGAAACCCUAUGAAUGUCCUGUAUGUUGGAAAGCUUUUAGCCAGAAGUCACAGCUCAUAAUACAUCAGAGAACACACACAGGAGAGAAACCCUAUGCAUGCACUGAGUGUGGCAAAGCCUUCAGAGAAAAAUCAACAUUCACAGUACACCAGAGAACUCACACUGGAGAGAAACCCUAUAAGUGUACAGAAUGUGGGAAAGCCUUUACCCAAAAAUCAAACCUUAUUGUACAUCAGAGAACACAUACAGGAAAGAAGGCCCAUGGGAAAGGCCACACCCGGAAGUCAAAGCUCAUUGCACACUAGAGAGUAAAUCAACAGUGCCUGUUACAUACACUGAAGGAAAGCUUUGUUGAUUUAAGUAACAUUUUAAAAGUAUGUUCUGACUUCUGGUUUAAAUAUGGGGAGUAAAAUCAGCAUUUUUUCUUUCCAUCUCAGGCUUCACCCAAAAGCUACAGGGAGAAAAAGCAGCAGAAGUGUAAUCUCUGUAUCUGACAAAAUUAGAAGAGAGCUGAAACCCUGAUGAGAGGCCUGCAGAGGCAGAGGAACUCAAGCACCAGCGCAGGAGAUCUCAGAGCAGAGAACACUCACAGCUGCAGAUGUGAGAUAGCACUGGGAAGGAGUCUUCGCUGAGGUUUAGGAUAUACUGAGUGCAAGACCAUACACAUACAUGGUAGCAGUAAGAGAGGGCAUGGGCAGGUGGGAGGUAGGAAGUUUCCUAGAUCCAUUUGGGUCCUCAACAAGGAAUCACUCAGACAAGCCAUACUUACAGAAAGUAGCCUGUACUCAUGGGAGGAGCAGUUGGCGGGGGCUAGGGCAAGAGAAGGGAGUGCUCCUUGUGAAGAACCCUACAGCUGCCCCUAUUUACUGACUCAGGAGAUGUCAAGUUGAAAGAACAACCAAAUGGAAAAAAAAAUCCCAGUUGUAAGAAAAACUCUGAUCUGUCCAGAAUGCGGCCCCUAUUUCUUCUACCACAUGAACCUCCAGCAAACAGCAAGUCCAGGAAAAACUGUUCAAAGUGGAAUGAUUCCAAAGUAAUCAAAACCAUGGAUGCACAUCACUUUUGAGCCAGCGAUUCCCCUUCUAGGAAUGUAUAUACUCAUGCAUGUACAGAAUGAUGAACACACAGAGGUAUUCACUGAUGCACUGUUUGUGAAAACCGAAGGUUGGGAGCUGUCCAAAUGACAGCACCAGGGAUCUGGUUCCUGAAAUCCUGGUACGUUCAUACAGCAAACUCCUAGAUAGACAAAAACGAAUAAAUACAUAAAGAGAACUUGGACACCAUUUGUGUAGUGAUAUGAGAUGGUCUCCAACAUACAUUAUUAGGUGAUAAAAGCAAGGUACAGGAUAAUGAAUAUAAUAUGCUGCCAUUUGUAUACAAAAAGGAGAACAAAUAGUAAGUACAUAAUUGAGUGUAUAUGCAUAAACUGUCUGUGGAAAGAUACAUGAGAGCUGGGAACCCUGAUUACCUCUGAGAAAGGGAAGGGGAAGUGGGUGGCUGGGAGGAUGGAACUGGGAGGGAAACAACUAUAUAUCCUUUCAUAACUUUUGAAAAUUAUGCUAUGUGAUGUGCUACCUUUUCAAUAAAUAAAUAAAACUUUUUGAAAAGC